UGUCCUACCAGUCAGUGGUAAGGCUACAUCGGUCUUUCGCUUUGCACAAUAAAGGUCAAACCGCCUGCGUGACAACACGGCUUCAGGGUGAAUCUUUUCCACGGGCGUCCUCCGGUUUGCUUGUUGUCCAGAAAAGCUGAAAAAACUCACACAGAUCAACCGGGACAACACAAAUUAGACAACACUCGCAGACUCGUCCUCUGAAGGAUUUCGAUGGAUGCUCACACUUCAUCCCACGCUCCCUCCCGGAAGAGGAAGAGAGAUGACUCCAACGGAGAGACGGAGGAAGGAGAGACGACGGCCAGAUAUAAACACCACACUGUGGCUCUAAGAGAUCCGGCUCCAUAUGUGGAUCAGCUCCAUUCGUUGGAGGAUCAGCCAUAUGAACGUAUCAGCAUGGAGGAGGCUCGAAGGGGAACACCACCUGACAGGCCGGUGAGGGUGUACGCAGACGGCAUCUUCGACAUGUUUCACUCAGGACACGCCCGCGCCCUCAUGCAGGCCAAAGACCUCUUCCCCAACACACACCUCAUCGUCGGAGUGUGCAGUGAUGAUCUCACACACAAACUGAAGGGCUUCACCGUGAUGAACGAGGAGGAGCGCUACGACGCCGUCACACACUGCCGCUACGUGGACGAGGUGGUGCGCAACGCGCCGUGGACCCUCACGCCAGACUUCCUCACCAAACACCGGAUUGACUUUGUUGCUCAUGAUGAUAUCCCGUACUCCUCAGCAGGGAGUGAUGACGUGUACAAACACAUCAAAGAGGCAGGUAUGUUUGCUCCGACCCAGCGCACCGAGGGCAUCUCUACCUCCGACAUCAUCACACGCAUCGUCCGAGACUACGACGUGUAUGUGAGGAGAAACCUGCAGCGCGGCUACACGGCCAAAGAGCUCAACGUCAGCUUCAUCAACGAGAAGAAGUACCACCUGCAGGAGCGUGUGGAUAAGGUGAAGCAGAAGGUGCGAGAUGUGGAGGAGAAGAGCAAAGAGUUUGUGCAGAAGGUGGAGGAGCAGAGCAUCGACCUGAUCCAGAAGUGGGAGGAGAAAUCCCGGGAGUUCAUCGGAAACUUCCUGCAGAUGUUUGGGCCUGAGGGAGCACUGGUGAGUCGCGCCGCCCAUAAGAGGAAAAACCUUCGUAUCCUUCGUCGCGUAAACGUCCAUAUAAGGAAAUCGGCUAAUGUGAAUGUUUACAUGUUAUUCUGUCGGGUUUAAAUCACUUACGCAUUUGAAUUACAACAAGCGUUUUGUCGCUCAGUAUUAAAGUAUGGAAUAAAUCCGUAAAUGAAGACCGAUCGGAUAAUCUGUUUAAUGAAGAGAAAA